CUUAAUUAAUAUUUGAUCUCAUAAGAAAUUAAUAUCAGACAGAGUAUUAUAUAGAGUUAGAGAUUGGUACUCCAUAAAUUCAAUAUUAACUCAUUGUCGACACAGGUGCUCCUUUAACUUCAUUAAUGUGCAAUAAUGUAAUAAUUUUAAUUUAAAUAUAGAAAUCAAUGACUUUGGAAAAAUGUAAUGAAGUAGAAGACUUAUAAUGUCAAAAGUUAUUGACUACUUAUGAUGGAGAAUCGAUUAGAACAAUUAAUGUAUCAGAUAUAAUUAAGAUUGGAGAAAAUAAUAUUAAAUUUGAUUUUGAAUGCAUUUUAGAUAGUGGAUCUUAACUUUUAGGAAUGGGAAAUUAAAACAGUUUUAUUGAUGUCUUAUAUAAAAAAUUUUAAUUUAAAAGCCAACAUAAGAUAUUUUCAAUAUUAUUAAAAAAUGAAAAUGGUAAACUAACAAUUGGUCAAGAUUAUCCAAACUAUGAUGAAAUUACUAUACCUUUUGAUAAGCAUUCUAAAUAUUAUUAAAUAGAUUUAGCAACUGUCACAGUAAAUUUAUCAAUAAUUAUAGGAUGAUGAAAACAAUGUAGUUUUUUAACCAAAUUAAUUUGAAAACUAUCAGAUUAUUGUAGAUACAGGAAGCACAUUAAUUAAUAUGGAUUCAGAAACACUAUAAUCUUUUCAAAAAUCAUUUGCUAAAUGUUAAUAAGAUAUUAGAGGUUGUCCUUAAGAACUUAACUAUGAUGGAUAUUAAUGUUAUUAUUAUGAUAGAAUUCGUUAUGGGUAUAUUUCCAAUUUUUAUGAAACAUUUCCUGAGUUUAGUUUCAAUUUUUAAAAUGGAUAUCAAUAUAAAUUGAAUGCAAAAGAUUAUUUACUUAAUCCUUAAUAAGAUUUAUAUUGUUUACCUUUUUUUGAUCAUACAAGGAAUUAUGAACCUAAAUUUUAAAAAACUAUUUUGUUAGGCCAACCUUUUAUGAAUAAUAAAGAAUUCUAUUUUGAUUUGACUGAUUCUAAAAUUUUCAUUAAAAAUCCAGAAGCAAAAUAAAAUACCUUAUAAAUUAGAAAUUUAUCAGAUAUAGUAUAGAAUUACUAUAUAUAUGUCGAAAUAGGCUUGCUUAUUGGGAUUUAUUUAUUCUACAGAAAGUAUUCAGUUCAGAUUAGAGGAAUAUUUAGAUCUGCAAGAACAAACUAAGGAUUUAAUCCUUAUGCUUGA